CAUGUACAGAUCGAAACGCAGGACUCUCUAUCGUACUUUGUUGGGGAGAAGUUGUGCAUCAUGGCACAUUAAGAGUUGGGGAUAGGAGGGUAAUUUUGAAAAAAACUUCUGCAUAAAUCAGAUGCUCAUACUCAUUUUAUAAAGGUUUUUUUUUUUCCGAGGACGAGUUACAAAGGAAAAAAUCGAAGUUAGCAACUAAGCAUAGGAUGAUUAAGAGGCAGUUUAUAGUAUAGACAUUGAGUGUUAAUUUGGACGUCGUAAAAGUCAAUCAGGAAGGAAGAUACAGACACCUCACAACGAAAACAGUUUCAAAUAUUCACUUGCAACGACUUACCACAUAAGUUUCAUCACGCCAAGUACUCACUACGAAGAAAUAGAAAGUACCAACCAAGAAAACUAUCCUUGUAACAGACGACUGGAAUCCAGAUAACACUGAUAUCGUAACCGAAAUAUUUCAUAAUGUCUUAAGGAAACACGUAUUUAUCGCAAUGAAUGUUUCGAUGAACAGUCCACCGGAACCGGAAACCAGCCCUGGACACCUCGUUGCGGGAUGCGUACUGACCGUCAUUUCUUUGGGGUCCGUUUUGGGAAACGUAAGUUUGUGGAUCGUGAUUUGCCGGGACCGGGAAUUGAGGACAAUCACCAAUGUGUUUAUUCUGGGUCUAACGACCGCGGAUUUGUUUGUGUCUGUCAUUAACAUGCCCGUGACGAUAAUCAGUCUGUUUGUCGGUGAGUGGCCGUGGAGUGACGGGUUGUGCCGAUUCUUUGGGUUUACCAACAUGCUAACCUUGGUAACUAGCGUAAUGUCCCUGUGUAAUAUUAGCAUAAACAGGUACGUGAUGGUCUGCAAGCCGAUUUACUUUAAACGGAUAUACACCAAGAGAAACGCUGCUCUUAUGAUUCUGACUUGUGUUUUGGUAUCCAUGCUUUUGUCGAGUCUAGCGUUGUUCGGUUGGGCAGAAUACAGCUUCAUAAGAAAACAGAUGUUUUGUUUUUGUGACUGGACAAAGGCACCAUCUUACGCAUUUUUCAUGAUAUCUGUGUGCUUUGGGAUUCCAUUGGCUGUAAUGACGGUGUGCAAUGUCUUUAUUUUUAGAACAGUGAGAGCUAGCAAACGACGCGUAAACGCAGUUUCGAACACUUCAGCUUCCUGCAAAGACCCUGAACCAAAUUCAAGCACUCUGGACGCAGUUACUAAAGACGAAGUGUCCAAACCUCACGAUAUCAAAAUAUCAAUCAACGAACGGUUUUCCAGUUAUCCUAAUGAAAUCAGUCGUGUAGCACUGCAAUCAAAUAACAACGUUAAGGAUCAUGGGAAAAAUUUAAGUAGAAAGAACACCACAUUGACCAACUUAAGUAAGAAAAAAUCAAAGACAGGAAAAUCCAGGGCAGAGGAAAUUCGGCUGGCCAUGGUGUUAGCCAUUGUUGUGGUGAUAUUUGUGAUCUCGUGGCUUCCAUAUUGUGUCAGUAUGUUGUUGGAAAUUUUUGCUAGAGACCGAGUUCAUUCAGGAUUUCAUAUGGCUACAAUCAUACUGGGUUACUGUAACAGCGCUGUGAACCCAAUCAUCUACGGUGUGCUAAAUAAGAAAUUCGGAGAUGGAUUAAGACGUCUUUUAUGUUGCUGCUGCAAAUGUUCAUGACGAGGACAGAACUUUUUAUAUGUGGUUAUCACUCAUAAUUAGUAUUUUAAAGUAUAUUUUUUUUUAUUUCGUGGAUGUAGAGUGAAAUACAAUCAGUUCAGACUUGAGUUGCAUGUGUCACGUGUAGUCUCACUGAAAUCUUACGAAUAAAAUCUUAUUGUUGAAAAUAAAUGGAGGUAUGAAUUGCAACGCUUUACGCCUGCAUACUUCAUGAAAGGUGAAGAUAACGAACAGCGAUCAAUCUCAUAACUCCUAUAAGCAAUACAAAAUAAAGAAUUUGACAAACGCAGACCCCCCCCCCCUCCGGGACAGAGCAGAGGUGGAACCAGGUGCCUAAGAGGAAUAAACAUCCCCUGUCGACCAGUCAUACCCGCUGUGGGCCCAGUAUCUUGUUUAGGUAAACGGAGUUAUCCGUAAUCAAAAUCAGUGUGCCGAGUAGGACCUGACAAUCGGCAUGAAACACGUCAGAUCACA